AGAAACUUCAACUACCGCAUGGCUGGCUGCAGGGGCUCUUAUCCAGAGCUCAUUCCAUUAGAAAAUGCCCACCCUCAGCCUCAGCCUGAGGCUGAGCCACCGCCAUCACCACCACCACCUCUCCUCUCCUCCCACUCCUUGUUUUCUCCUUCGUCAUUUCUCUUCAGCUUCAGGCCCAAGCGCUUCCACUUCCUCAAGCCAUGCUCUUCCCUCAAACAGACCAAGAAACAGCUCCAAAAGACCUCUUCUGGCAGCAACGCUCCCCAGAGUUUGAGGUGGUUCUUGAACCCCAAGAGCAGUGAUGGUGAAGAAGAUGCUAGUGGUGGCGGUAACGGUGACGAUGGUGGGUUGGAGAGUGGUGACACUGCAGUUAAAGGUACCCUUUUGGCUGGUCUGCUGCUUGUGGGUGUUGUUGGUGGAUUUGCCACUGUUGGGUAUGUCUACAGGGACCAGAUCAAUGCCUUCCUGACUCAGUUUUCGGGCUUCAUUGAAGGUUAUGGACCAGCUGGAUAUGCUUUGUUUGUAGCAGUUUAUGCUGGACUAGAAAUCCUUGCAAUUCCAGCCAUUCCAUUGACCAUGUCAGCUGGUCUGCUUUUUGGCUCUUUUACUGGCACUAUCAUUGUUUCGAUUAGUGGAACAGUUGCAGCAAGUGUUGCCUUCUUAAUUGCCAGAUAUUUUGCUCGUGAACGUAUUCUUAAAUUAGUUGAAGGAAACAAAAAAUUUCUUGCAAUUGACAAAGCAAUUGGAGAAAAUGGUUUCAGAGUUGUUACCCUCCUCCGUUUAAGUCCCUUACUUCCCUUUUCGCUUGGGAAUUAUUUAUAUGGAUUGACAUCUGUUAAGUUUGUUCCAUAUGUGUUGGGAAGUUGGCUGGGAAUGCUUCCUGGAACAUGGGCUUAUGUGAGUGCUGGUGCAUUUGGGCGAGCAAUCAUUCAAGAUGAAUCUGAUAUUGGUUUGCUUGGAGGAAACAAUUCACUAAUAACACUAGGCCUGGGACUAUUGGUAACAGCAUUGGCUGCAACGUAUGUGACACGGCUUGCUAAGGAUGCUGUAAAAGACAUCGAGUAAACACCGGGCUGUGAAUUUGCUUCAAGUAAGCAUAUGAGACUAUGAUAUGCAUAACCAAUUGGCAAGCACAUUACUAUUAUGUAAAUUGGAAUAUAUUUAAUGAUGACCCAAAAAGAAAAAAAUUGAAACCAUAUCAUCAACAAGACCAAAAUAGAAAUCCUUGUAUCAUUUUUUUUGUUUUCUUGGGUUAAGGAAGAGAAGAGAGGGAACUGUUUCUAUUGUGCUAUGCUACAUAAAUAAAUAUGCAUAGUUCUAGACUCAA